AUGUGUGGAAAUAUAGCCAGGCCAAAAGCAAUCUUCAUUACAUGGCUUCACCUUCAGGACAGAUUACUUACAACAACAAGACUACAAAGCUGGGGGCUACAGAUAGAUACAGCAUGUCAAAUAUGCAAGCAAGCAGAGGAGACAAAAGAUCAUUUAUUUGCUGAAUGUGAAGUUAGUAGCAGAGUUUGGGGUAAACUAAUGAAAUGGAUCCAAAUUGACUGGCCAAUAGUGAAGACAGGGGGAGAAAUGCAGAAAUGGAUAGAAGAGAGAACAAAAGGAAAGACAAAACAAGCAAAGAUAAUGAAAAUGAUAUAUACAGAGUUCAUCUAUGUUAUAUGGAUGGAACGAAAUACCAGAGUUAUCCUGAAGAAAGAGAAAUAUAGUGAUAUUAUAGCUAGAGAUAUAGCCUAUAUUUGCCAUGUUCGGGCUGAUGAAGUCCUUCAAAGACUGCUGAAUGUUAGAUUUCCAAAUUAG